AGCAAAACCACAGCAGGUGGAGAUGCCUCCUGUGCAGAACCGGCUCCUGAUUCCCUCUAUUCCUUCAAUAUCCAAGUUUACUGAUGUUUGAGGACAGUGUAGUCCUUAUGUAUAAUAAGGAAAAUCCCAGCUGUUUCAUCACAGUCUGGUUGCACAGUGGAAGGUGGUUACUCCUUGACUUUGAUUCAGGGAUGGAUGGGAAGCAAAGCUCUUGGAUUACAGCAAAGCUGGUGUGGCGUCCAGCACACGACCAGAGUGCAGCAUCAUGCAGGAGAUCGAGGAGGAGCGGAGCCAGUGCUUGGCAGAGCUUAUUGGGGAUAACCAGACUGCAGGUUGCAGGAGGCAGUGGGACAACAUCACGUGCUGGCCUGAGGCAGAGGUGGGGGAAGUCGUGGUACGGCCGUGCCCGAAGUACUUCAGAUUCCUCACCUCUUUUCUUGGGAAUGUGACCAGGAAUUGUACAAGCCAGGGCUGGUCGGAUGUGUACCCUGCUCCCUACACCGUAGCUUGUGGAUAUGAUUCCAACAGCACUCCAGGGGAAGAGCAAACAGCGUUCUAUGGCACGGUCAAGACCGGCUACACCAUCGGACACACCUUGUCCCUCAUUGCCCUCACAGCUGCUAUGAUCAUCCUGUGUCUCUUCAGAAAACUACACUGCACUCGAAAUUAUAUUCACAUGCAUCUCUUCAUGUCCUUCAUCAUGAGAGCCAUUGCAGUCUUCAUCAAAGAUGUCAUCCUAUUUGAAAGUGGAGAAUCCGAGCACUGCUUUGUGAGUUCAGUAGGCUGCAAAGCCAUGAUGGUUUUCUUCCAGUACUGUGUCAUGGCCAACUUCUUCUGGCUGCUGGUGGAGGGGCUGUACCUUCACACCCUGCUGGUCAUCUCCUUCUUUUCAGAGAGGAAGUACUUCUGGUGGUACAUCCUGAUCGGCUGGGGUGCCCCCUCCGUGUUCAUCACUGCUUGGACCAUUGUCAGGAUUUACUUUUUCGAUGUUGGGUGCUGGGAGGAAAUAGUGGAAUCCCCAUUCUGGUGGAUCAUUAAAACCCCUAUUUUGGUGUCUAUCUUGGUGAACUUCAUCCUCUUCAUCUGCAUCAUCCGCAUCUUGGUCCAGAAGCUGCAUUCCCCGGACGUUGGACACAAUGAAACCAGCCAAUAUUCGAGGCUGGCCAAGUCCACCUUGCUGCUGAUCCCUCUCUUUGGCAUUCACUACAUCAUGUUUGCUUUCUUCCCUGACAAUUUCAAGGCAGAAGUUAAGCUGGUCUUUGAGCUCGUGGUCGGGUCGUUCCAGGGAUUUGUGGUGGCUGUUCUGUACUGCUUUCUCAACGGAGAGGUCCAAGCUGAGCUCAAAAGGAAGUGGCGGAGGUGGCACCUGGAGAGGUUCCUGGGCUCGGACAUGAAGUACCACCACCCUUCCUUGGGCAGCAACGGCACCAACUUCAGCACCCAGAUCUCCAUGCUGACCAAGUGCUCACCAAAGACUCGCCGGUGCUCCGGCUUCCAGGCCGAAUUCUCCCUGGUGUGAUGGGGAGGGGCUCUCCCAGCAGGGAGCAUCCAAAAGAGACACUGAGAGACUGAGAGAUCCCCAGGAACCAGCGAUGACAAAUCCCUGUGAAAUGACGUGCUCCACAUGAGCCAACAGAGGACACACAACUGGAAAAGCCACUGGCAUCCAGGACAGGACCGGACAAGCCGAGAGGCAGAGAAAUACUUUUCCUCUCCCUCUUUUCAGACCUUUCACUCCUCAGUUUCAAGCCCUUGGGGGUUGAUAACUAUGAGUAAAGGUCCCAGUUGCUUGAGGAAAGCCUGGGAGAUGCUGUGUCAUAAAUGAUGAAGUACAGGGAAGGGAGGGGAGAGCCCAAGUCCUUGGGGGCUUUACCAGAACUGGCAUCUCUGAAACAGAUAAAUUGCACUUUUUUAAAAAAGAAAUGAGCCAGUAAAGGAGAGAGAGAUGCAAGAAGCGGGAAGAAAAAAAUGCCAAACAUAUGAAUGUGCCAAAAUUCCUGUGGAUAAGAGGUGAUGAUAAGGCAUCAAAGACAGAGUCGGGGACACGGGGAGAAGGGACAGGAGGAACAUGAGCAGGAAGGGAGAGGCCAGUGCAUGACCCCUGCGUUUUACACAGGUGAAGAUGAAGCUGCAGCACUAGAAAAGCCCCUCAGAGGAUGCCCCAGGGCUGCAGUGUGUGCUGCUAAUAACCCACUAUCCUCAUUAACAAAAGCUUUCCAGGCAUCCUGGUGCUCUCUGGAAAAGCAGGUCACUGAGAAGGAACAGCAUGAGAAUUCCCUUCUCUGCACGGUGUUCAGGACGUGGUGUUUGUUUUGGUUGUGUUCAAUGACCAGGAAACUCAGUUUGCAUACAUAAAAACCAGGUACAGAGGCCAAAAGCAGAGCAUGGCUGUGUUUUUCCUUCAAGUUCUCCCGUAGAUCUUGGUGCCUUAAUGCACCCAGGAUCAUGAGGGAUCAGGGGAAAAUAAUUGGGGUGUAAUUCAUUUGCACUUGCUUAGCACACACUGCCAGGAAAGGGAGAUGUAGAACCCUGUAAUCACUAAUUGAAGCAGAACUGCCGUGAGGAGCCACUCUCCAGAUGAAAAAAAUUAGUGUCAUAGCAGUGAGGAAAAUUGCUUUCAUCAGGACAAGGUACUCUCAGCACAGAACUGGCACUGCAGGAGUGAGGAAGGACUGAAGGGGCUAUUAAAUUGAUUUCUUCUUCAGCUUUUGUGGGAAGCUUUCAUCCUCUGAUGAAGGCAUUGUUAGAUCUUUGAGAUGUGUGUGUGCAUUUUGCCUCUUUUUUGAAGGCCUAUUAGUUUUCAUCUAGAGGCAAUCCCUGUUUGAGGAAUGCACAAUGGAUCCCAUUAAAACCAAGGGAAUAGUCUCUUUUUUCUUUUUCUUCUUUUCUUGGUGGAGGGGCAAAGGAGAGGUGUGAAACCCAAUCCUGCUCAAGCACUGCAUUUGAGACAAUCCCCACACUCCCAAACUCAGUCAGAAGACAGAAAAUAAAGGGAUACAGAUGUUUGUGUCCCACACAGACGGGGUUGCACCAGUUUUACACUGAGGGUGGGAAAUUCCUGCUCAGCUCAUGUGUACACUCAGUAGUUGGGCUGCUCUCAUCCUACUCUGACAUUGUCCUCGAGAAGGAGAGUCUGGGCCACCAACCCACAAACCUGGAAAGGAAGGUGGGCUCCUCCUUCAGAGUUCAGAGAUCUCAACUUGCCUACCAGCUGCUAACUAACAGCACCUGGACUUUUACUGCUCCGUGAUUUAAUGUAGUUCAUUGGAGGGAAGUAUCUUUAACUUGCUGGGUUUGGGGUUACUCUGCUGGUUUCUUUGCCUACCUGAAGCCUCUGUGAUUCACUGCCAGCCACCCACGCUGAGCCCAGGGGGAGACUCACAAACCAGGACAUCCAGUUCCUCUCUCAGUUCUGAGAGGGCAGUGUUCCAUGCCAAAACCAUUCCCAGAGCUAUACCUUUUAUCAACUCCAUGCUUCCUGAGUAUCUCUCCACGUGUAGCCCUGUGAACAGCGUGGAGGCCUGAAGACAGUGAGGGGAAUAAAGAACCCUGUGAAGGGCAGAUGUGCAGUCCUGAGUUUCCAGUGACCUCAGCACAGUGUAGCCAUGGCUACUCAACCUGCAAGACCUCAGAGGAUAAGUAGGUGUUGUGAACAUCCCUGGAGUUCAAGUGCUGGUGACCCCAGGCCAGCCAGGUGUGAAGAGCCACGUUACUCUGAGGCCAUGCCAGCAGUGAGAAUCCACCACUGACGUGCCAUUAAGACCAUCAGGAUGCUCUCUGAUUCCCAAAAUGCAGAGAAAGCAAGAGGAUGCUUAAAAUUUCCCCACAUUUCUUGCACUGAAGCCCUUGUGCCCUGACACUUUCGAAACAAUAUCCCAUUUAAAUCGUCAUGAGGUUCUCAGAGGCCAGGACUCUUUUAUUUUAGUGGUCACAGCACCAAGGCUGCCAGAGCUUGAGGAGUGUUUGGACAAUGCUCUCAGGCACAUGGUGGGAUUUUUGGGGUUGUCCUGUGUGGAGGCAGGAGCUGGACUCAAUGAUCUUUGUGGGUGCCUUCCAACUCAGGAUAUUCUGUGAUUCUCCAUGUGUUUGGUGCUCAUCUGGUGAGCACUUUCAAACCUGGAGUAGGACUCACAAAGGAAACACUGGAGAAAUCCCACCAGCACUACCAGUUCUUCUCCUGUGCCUGCUUCAAAGCAAGGAUUUGACCCAGCUCUGCAUUUUGUCCAGCUGCAAGGGAACCCAGAAGAAGCAAGGGAAAACUCUCUCUCAGCUUCCAAGUCAUUCCACUUGGUAUAAAAUGCUUUGUCUCAGUGGUUCAGAGUUUUGAAGGAGUGUCAGCCAGGAAAACAUUUGAUUCACCGGGCUACAGAAUCAUUCAUCCUCUUAAUCUGUCAGGGGAACUGUAUAUGCCCAGGAUAUUCCAUGGGCUGCAGAGGAGCACUGCCCAAUCUUGUGAAUGCAUCCACUGAGGUGCCCGAGGUGUGAACUGGAAUCCCAGGUCCCAGACAAGCAAGAGAGGAGCCUGAGCACAGAGCUGUCAAGCAGAAGUGAUGCACCAUUGCCAGCAGGCUCCUUUGUGGGAUGUGAGGGAAUCCCUGCCCAUCUGUUCUAGGCAGCCUUGCUGGGAUAGCAGGUCUGUGAGCCAUCAGCAGAGAGACACAUUGUGCAUUUUCCCUCUGUUCACCUUCCUUUUUCCUCUCCCUUUCCUGGCACUCCACUUGCAGGAGGACUUUCUGCUUUGUGUUCUUAGCUUUGUUUCUGUUUCAGCCCUGUGCUGACCUGUGCCACCAUCAACUGUGUGCCAAAGGCAGUGGGAGCAGGUUUGCCUUUUGGAGACAUGACAGGCAAAAAUCCAGCUGGUUAUUUACCCAUUCCACAGGGAAUGUGGGAGAUUCACCACCGGGCUUUUCUGCACAGGAGCCUAAACUGAGGGGCUCCUUCAAAACAGGUGGAGAACAUCAGAGUGCCAGAACAGUGCCCCGGGCAUCCUACUGGCAAUUAUUUCAGCGCUGAACAUCCAGCCACAUUGCCAUUGUGCUGCCAAGGGGGUUUGAGAGAUUAAAUGAACGUGCUGAAUAUACCUGCUGUGACAGGCAUGGCAAUAUUAGUGACACAGGCAGGGCAGAGCUGCCAGCACAGCUGCCUGGGCCUCAGAUUUCAGACAAACACAGGAGUCAGUGCUAAAAUCACAGCUUUUCACUCUGGGGACGUGAGCAAUCGAGUGAAUGAUGACAUUGGGAUCAGGCCCUCUUUUAGCUGGCUUGGUGCAGGAAUUUGGCUCCAUACCUUGGCCUCCCUUACUCUGUUUUUCAUCCAACUCAUCAAUAAAAUGGGAGCUCAAGGACUUCACAACAAAUGACAGCCUGAGGUGUGCUGUCCUGGUCCCACACAGAGCACACAGGCAAGUCCCAAUGUGACCCCCUCAACUCCAGUGUAACACAGGAGGGACUCCAGUAAAGCAGCUGCAUUAAUUUGCUGCAAAAUAAUAUUAAUAGUCACAUCUGGAUACGGGACAGAGAUGUUUGAGGAUCAUGAAUUUGGACUCUGAAACUCUUCACAGAAAUUAAGCCAAAUUCUGAUCCCACUUUCACCAAUCAGUUCACUGCAGCAACUCCUGAAUUACACUUGGAUUUGCCUUUAAAAUAAUUCCUUUAUCUUCCUUUUUUACACCAGUGAGAGAGCAAACCCCUUCCUGUUAAUUAGUCACUCUGCAUUUCAGUGAUUAAAUGAUUAAAAAUUAUGAAUAAGUGUGGAAUAAUUACAAUACAAACAUUAAAUUAUGGUUUCAAGGAGUAGAGGUAGGUACAAUACCAAGAUUAGACUGUAGAUAUUUCUGUUCAGCUGGGACCUAAAGAUAUUUCUGUUCAACUGGGACCUAUGUUGCUCUGUGACCUCAUAAGCAGCAAGAAAUGAGAAUAUGACCGUGUUUGGGGUUAAAAAAAAGAGGAGUGAAGACAUUUGAGGCUGCUGCAAAAUUUCAGGGCAUUAACUUGAAACUUUUUAAAAUCAAAAAGGCCAGGAGAUGAAACACUUGAAUAUUUUAGUUUAGUUUAGUUUGGUUGGGGUUUUUUUGCCUAGGAAGCAGUUAUAUUUUUCUCAAGGAAGGUGUUGCUGGAGAAAAGAUGUUUUGUACAUUAACUAACCAUCAGCUUUACAUCUUUCUCAAUAUCCCACUUGUUUCCCAUUCACAAGGAAUGAGACAGGGUCAUGUCUGUGCCACAGCACUACAUGAGCAGAGGGAUUAAACCCAAAUCUCUGUCCCAAUCUGAUGAAAAUAUUUCCAGAGAGAGAUACACCUACUGAUUAAUGGAAGUUUUCUAGUGUUUUUUUUUAAAAAAAAAAGUUCCAAAGAAAGCUCAGGAGUGAGUGAACAUCACUUUGCUCCAUGGCAGGGAUUAAAGGGGUUUAGUGGGAUUAUUUUGUCUCCAGUCCUUCCACCUUCACCCCAGUGUUCAAACAAGGGAAAACCCAGUGGGUAUCUGCAGGAAAUAUGAAAUAUUUUCAGACUAAAAGGGAAUCUCACCAACUGGGAAAUGCCAAUAAGUGUCUUCCUGGAGCUCAUUUCAUUCCGUCUGCACAAGUGCAGCUUGGUUGGAUAAAGGGCCUGUGGAAACACAGGUGGAUCAGGAAUAAUGGUCCUUCUCUGGGAAAACAGGUGGAUCAGGAGCAAUGCCCCUUCUCUGGAAGGUGUAACGUCAAAGCCCUUGUAAAACAUUCUCCUUCCCAUCAAGCCCCACCUUCUGCUUUCAGGGGGGGUGUUCAGCUGAAAGAAGGGCCGUGGUCGGGGUGCUGACACAGCCCAGCUUCCAUUCCAGCCUUGUGCUUCCCCCCACAGCAUCUCUGCAGGGAUGAAUGUUCCAGACCCUUGGAGACAUGGGGUGCACUCCUGAGCUCCCUGGCUCCCAAUGCAGCUUUGCACUUUUCCCAGACAGAGGUACUGGUGGGCAGGAUCACGAAGGUGCUUGGUAGUAGGCGACCCUCAAAAGAUUAAGAGGUCAAGCUCUUGGCCUCACAUGUACCCAUAUCAACCCAGAGUGACUCUACUGGCAUCACCCAGGAACUAAACUGAAAAGUAGUAAGGAAAAUAAUUAAUUCCCAGGAUGGUACUUGGGGUCAGAUGUGCCAAAAUCCACCAUUUUAUUUCAGUCUGUCAACUUCUCAUCCCUUCUCCACACUCUGUAUUUACACACCAGUCUGAUGAAGUGUAAUUACACUGACUGACCUUUUUCUUUCCCCUGGAGAGCUGUACAUCUGUAAACUGUGGCUUUUAGGAAUUAGGAGUUUCCUGGGACCACGGACCACCUCUUCCACCUCCUGCUGAAUGUCCUGACUCCUUGCUUGCUCAUGUGGUGUUGUGCUGUUUUACUGAAAAGCCCUGGGUUUGAAGCCCUGGUUAUUUCCAGGGAACUGUGAAGUCACAGGGAAGAAGACAAACAUCAGGACUGGAGAUCAGGCAACAGGUCUGUAGGGAAAAUGAUGACUGUUUGGGGUCUGAGGGCCAGACCUUCAGGACGCGCACAUUUGGCAUCAGCAGAGCACUAGUGUUUUGUACCCCAGUUUUGUGGACAUUGUGCAUUUGUACAUAGGGGGAGCCUGAACAACACAUUUAAAAAAAUAAAUAAAUGAAACACGUUCUUGAUACUCAGAUGGCAAAGGCACUUUUGAAUUCAAAAGUGCAUUUUUCGGGCUCUGCCUCGAACACCUCAAGCUGUUGGUCGGUGGCUGGUGCCAACUGACUCUUCUCACUCAAGCUGUCAGCACCUCUGCUCUGCCCUCCUGUAAAUAAGCUUUGACAGCAGAGAGUGAUGGGAACUGGUUGUGAACAGAGACUCACCCUCUCUGUGGACUUUCCUGUACCUUGGUGCUUGUGAUGUUUCCUCCAUGCCGGUGAGAACAGGCCUGCUUGCUCAGCACAGGUGACAUCUCUGCCUUGUUUCAUGGCCUUCUGCCUGAUGUUAUUUAUUUUGUUCUGACUCUGUAAAUAUGCAAUGAAUUGGCUAUAUAUUUUUUUUCCUUUGUAUUUGGUUCAUCUCCUUGCUUCAGAGGAGGUUCUUCUCCGUGGUUGACACUGCUGACAACAAGCAAUAAAACCAUCGUGAAGGCAUCGUG